AUGAUCCCUGCCUUCUCGUACGCGAUCUCUGGUAACGUCGAGCCCAGCAGCGCCUCGUGGUCGAGCCCGAUCUUGGUGAUUCCCGUGCAAAUGAUAUUUUCCGGAGCAAGAACGUUAGUCGCGUCCAGACGGCCGCCCAAACCGGUCUCCAAAACGGCAACCUCGACCCCCGUUCUGUUAAACAGCUUCAAGGCUGUGCAGGUGAGCAACUCGAACUCGGAGCAAUUGAUGUUGUAUUGGGCGCUGAUGUUGUGCACAUGGGCCUCCGUGGCCAAGAACGCAUCCUUGUACACCUGGCGGUCAUUCACCUGCACAGAGUCCCACCGAUCCAGCAGAUGGGGCGAAUUGAAGCGGCCGUUCGCGAUCCCGUGA